AUGAAUCGCAACCGACGGGCCGAUGAUCUCGGGGCCCUGAUGCUCCCCUCUGGCAGCACCGGUUUCUCCAAAGCCCUGGACUGCGCUGAGCCGCGCCGCUUUCUCGACCUCGUCGACCGCCAUCGCAUUUUCCUCGGCUUCGCUCCCAACUUCUUCCUGGCCCUGCUGUACGACCGCAUCUGUCGGUCCACGCCGAAGCAAGAGGCUCAACCCGCUCCGACCUGGGGCCUCUCGGGUCUGCGCUGCGUCUUCUCCGGCGGAGAGCCCACCGUGCGGCAGCUCCUCCGGCUGGUUCAUCACGUAAGACAACGCCUACCUAGAUGCCCACGCCAGCUGUACAUCACCGGCCGCUUCAACAACACGCUCCUACUCAACGGGGAGACCAUCUUCCCCGUCGAGGUGGAGUGCAGUCUCGAACAGGUGCGUAUCCCCGAUCUGACUUCGAGCUUCGCGCUGGUCUUCGCCCACCUAGCCCCCGACGCCCAUCUGAGACCUACUGCCCAGCUACGCUCCGGACGAUGUCCCUCCCACACAAUUAUCUCGAAAGAACCUCGGUCGGUACGCUCUCCCGACCCCACUUCCGGCGUCCUCGACCCCGAGCGUGAAGUCCACGAGACUAGCAUCCAAGCCCACCGUCAAGUCACCGCCCAGCUCCCUCCUCGCCCACCGAGCAUACCAUACUCACCCUCUCGUCUGCGCGCGCCUCGACGCCAAUCCGGACGCCGUCAGCGUGAUCACUUAUCUCUUCAGCCUAGGCCUCCCCUCCCUCGGACUUCUACACCGUCACCCAGGACCUGCAGCAGACGUUCGGUGUUGUCUUACCCCUCCCGACCUUCUCAGGGAACCGACUACACCACCCAUGAAUACGACGCCAUAAUACCCCUGCAACUCUCCGGUCCCAAAACCCCCUUGUGGCUCGUCCACCCGGCCUCUGGCAACGUCCUCAUCUUCGCCAGUCUCGCCCGCGCCCGAGAUCGCUAA